UACGUGGCAUCUCAUCUCUAGUUGAGAACAUUGUAUACUGCGAAAAACGACCAAGUAUUUUAAAAAACAUAUGUCUCAGUAAAUGAGAGCAAGCAUUCAUUUGCUCAAGAACUUGAAUCUCUCCGCAACGUAAAUAAAUAUUCAUGUUGAAAUGACACUAUACAAAUGUGUUUCCUACAUACUUCUGUGGAAUAUCAUAACAGCCUUUGCGCUGGUGGAUCGUCAAUUGCACACGUAUUCAGAAGAUGGAAGGAAUUAUGGCAAAGAUAAAACCGAGAGCCUCACUGGCUCAUUUCCAUUCCUCAUGCCAUCGGUUUCUCCAAAAACUCCGGAUCUGUAUCUAUGCACCCCUAUCAAAGUCGACCCAACAACGUCAUACUAUAUUGUUGGCUACAAGCCAAACGCAACUAUGAACACGGCACAUCAUAUGCUGCUUUAUGGAUGCGGUGAACCGGGAAGCACAAGACUUACUUGGAACUGUGGAGAAAUGUCAAAGUCAACUGAGGAAGAGACUGGAAGUCCUUGUGGACCUCAGUCACACUCGCAGGAUGAUUCGGGCAUCUUUCUACAGUAUACGGAAAAACCUCUCACAAAAUUGGCCGGUACUUUGCUGCUGGGUACUGAUGGCGUUAUUCCUCCCAUGAAGACGGAACACAUGGAGGCCGCCUGUGAAAUAACUGAGAAUAAAACAAUUCAUCCUUUCGCAUAUCGCACGCAUACCCAUGGUUUGGGUAAAGUUGUUGCUGGAUAUAGGGUUCGCUCUAAUGCACGAGGCGUUCAAGAGUGGACGCUGCUUGGAAAGAGAGAUCCGUUGACACCGCAAAUGUUUUAUAAUGUCGAGGACAGUUCGCCAAUCGUAACGGGUGACUUUGUCGCCGCCCGAUGUACUAUGAAAAGCACACGACACCGUAAUACAGAAAUUGGCCCGACAAAUGAAGACGAAAUGUGCAAUUUUUACCUUAUGUACUACGUUGACCAUGGCGAACCUCUCGAUAUGAAAUAUUGCUUUAGCCAAGGUCCCCCAUAUUACUACUGGGCCAAUCCUGAUACCGGACUACAUAACAUUCCUGAUAAAGAUGCCAGCAUCUUGUAAAUUGAUAGCACUCGCUCUCUAUCUCUAUCCAGUAUAUCAUAAACUACAAAGUGUACAUUUAAUUUUCUGGAUUAGUUUUAAUGUUAUCUGUCGAUUUAUGUUUUGUACAUUUAGAUGUUGAACGUCAUAUUGUUAAACACUAAAUCAACUUAUAUUUAAUUUUAGCAUUAUAACAAUAUUGAAUGUACGACAUAAAAUAUACACGUGUACCUAUAUGA